CAGCAGUUAUGAUUGGACUGUCGAAAAGUAUUGUAAGUAUCCUUAUUGGAUUCAGCUCCCUGCCUUGCCCAAUUAAACUGUGGACUUGUGACGGAAUUUGAAUGACACAUCUGACCCAAAACCUACCGAGUGUGUUCAUUUGCUUACCGUGACAUUACGGCCACUGACCUGUUUGGCUUUCGCAACCAUGGCAAACAAAGCAUACGACCAGACGCUCAACCGCGCAGAAUCUGAUGUUCGCGGCUGGCUUGAUGGCCUUGAAGAUCUGCAGAGCAACAACCAUCCGUACACAGCAGCGAUGUCACAGAACAUAGCAGGCAAUGGUACCGCUCAAUCGGAUAGAAACGGAGAAAAGUUUAUACGUAGACCACAAUCCGCUGCAUCUAUAAGCUCGCAAGACAGCAUAAACCUCGAUGACAUUAUCAGAUCAAACGAUACGAUAGAUAUUCAAGAGACUGGAUUAAUGCCGUACCUAGAAGAUCUCGAUAUAGACGACGCAAAUGAUGAAUUUUGGAAGAUGGAUGAGGCGCUGACAAAUCUACAUAUUGCAAAAAACCAUCCAAUGCAAUCUGUAAAGGCAGCCAGUAAAACAACACAGCCCCAUCCAAGUUUAAAGAUGCUCUCGGAUAAUAUGAACGUUUCCUCAAAGCAUAUGGAGCCCUUGAGCAGUGAUUUGGACGAUACGUCAUCCGAAUCUUCACUCAACAACCAAGCUAUUGAUGCGUUUGACGUCGAUCAUUACUGGAGUGAAUCUCUAAAGGAUGAGGCUGAUCGCAAGCGGAGCGCAGACGGCGGUUUAGGAAUUUCUAGGAAUAGUACCUUUUCAAAAUCGAAUGACUCCCUUUCGUCGGAAAAUACUAUCCUGGCAAAAAAUGCGCUAUACGCAAGCUCUAUCAGUAGGAGACAAACUGGUGGCAAUAUACCCAUUGGGGGCCGAUCCCCAAGCCAAAGUAGUGAGAACAGCUAUACGUCCCAGUCAACCAUGCCAGUUUCCAAUGCUAGUGGAACAGCGCAAACAUCACCAACGUCUUUACGACCAUGCCAGUCAAAUUCGAGCUCAUAUAGACCAUCCAGUAGAUUGAGCGACUAUUCAGUACAAAGUUACGGUUCGGCAUCCGGUCUACCUCGGCCCAAACCUACUUCCAACGACAAACUUGUUGGAAGCAAGUCGUUUUCAGCACGCUCAUCUAUCAUUGCGGCCAAAAAAUCGUCUGGCUUGAAAGAACCCAGCAUGUUGCCUAGAAUGCCCUCACGGCCAGCGGGUUCGAUGAAUACGUCGGGCUCAUCCAACACUUCGAAGCUUGCAAAGAGAGCGUCUCAUAUUCCUGCGCCAUCCAAAACAAGAACCACCCCUAUACCUCAAAAGACCUUAUCAUCGUACUCUAAUGGAAGAGAUUCACCCAGUAGAAUGUCAUCUAAAGUCCCCGCCCCACCGGUACCAAAACUUCCACAUGGAACGAGUUCCCUAAGGAUGACAAGCAACACUUCAAGGUCAUCAAAGGAAUCUUCAGAUACAUAUCCUCUUUCCCGUGGUACCUCCCAAGUUGGAUCAACAGCCAUUGCUCGACCCUUUGCAGCUCCGAAGCAACCUACGAAAUCACCUAAUAGCCAGUUCUUGAACGAUAGUCAGCCUCGAGAGCCUGCAUCGAUGCUUCCUCGGCGGAGCAUGACCCCAAAUGCCGCCCGUAGUCCAAGUCGCAUUGGCGUAAUGCGAAAACCAUAAUUCUAUGUUAAUACUCAUCAUCAAGAAUAAUGCUUCAUGCUACAUACCCCCAUUUUAGCAAAGUCCCCUGCUAUAGCCAAAUGUCCCACUGUCGACAAUAAAUAGUACUCUGCCUUUUCCUUCAUAACCAGUCAAAAGGGAUAGAC